AUGGAGAAGAUCAUUAAGAAGGCCUUGGUGCAGUUCCUCGAGCAGCACCAUCUCCUUUCUGAUGCCCAACACGGCUUUCGAAGUGGAAGGUCCUGCCUCACGAAUCUGCUCUUUACGCUCGAACGCUGGACCAAAGCACGUGAUGAAGGCAAGGUGGUGCACGCCAUCUACAUCGACUUCAAAAAGGCUUUCGACAGCGUUCCUCAUCAACGUCUCUUGUACAAACGGCGGAACGCUGGAAUUCGUGGACGCCUUCUUGUAUGGAUCCAGAGCUUUUUGGCUGGACGGUCCCAGAGAGUGCAGGUCGGGCGUCAACAGUCCUCAGAUGUAAGCGUGGUGAGUGGCGUCCCACAGGGCUCAGUCUUAGGUCCCACGUUAUUCCUCGUUUUCGUAAAUGACUGCGUCAAGGACCUAGACUGUGAUGCCAUCCUGUUUGCCGACGACAUAAAAUUGUGGAAAGUUAUUCACGAUGCGGCAGACGCAGACCACCUGCAAGCAAACUUGAACAGGCUCGAAGACUGGUCGAAGCGCUGGCUUAUGCCCUUCAAUAUAAGCAAGUGUAACUUUCUUCAACUCGGCGGCUUCAGAGCCCCCAGCCCCAGGACCUACUUUCUAAACGGCACACCACUGCAACAGGUUGACAGUCAGAAGGACCUGGGUGUAUGGAUUACAUCUUCACUCAAACCAACACUGCACUGCGCGAAGGCGGCUAAAUCGGCUACGGCCACAUUGCAACUCAUUAGGCGAGCAUUUAUGGGUUUUGACACUGACUGCUUUUCCAAAAUAUUUGGCACCUUCGUGCGACCUCAUCUAGAAUACGCCAUACAGGCGUGGAGACCCUGGACUGCCAAGGAUUAUACCGUCUUGGAGAAGGUCCAGAGACGGGCGACCAAAAUGACACAAGGUCUGGGAGCACUACCCUAUGAAACCAGACUGUCAAUCCUCAACCUCUCUCCCCUUUCCUACAGGCAAUUACGUGGUGACCUUAUACUAACAUUUCGCAUCAUCAACGGCCUAGACUGUUGUUUAGAUCCCACUGAUUAUUUCACCCAAGCUAACACGCCCAAUUUGCGCGGUCAUCCCUUAAAACUACGCGCAGGGAAAUCAAGAACCAAUGGACGAAAGUCCUUUUUCAGUAACAGAGUGGUUUCAGCCUGGAAUUCCCUACCUACCGAUGUUGUAACCUCCUCCUGUGUGAACUCCUUCAAGUGUAGACUUGACCUGCAUCAAGCUUCCCAAUUACCACCCCCACAUCCACUCACAUAA